UCUUACACGAUUCACCUUUCCUCUCUUUCUUUUCACGUUGGAGAAAAAAAGAGAAAAGAUGAACUGUGCAACAAGUUCAGCUAAACAGAACAGGCCUAAUUUCUGAUUUCUUUUUUUGUUGCUUUCCCACCGGUUACCGGUUAGUGCGGGUGUUUUCAACCUGUUCGUUAUAUAACAUCCUCAAUUUCUGAUGCAGUAGUAAAGUCGAUCGCUUAGUAUAAAUCCGUUUUUUUCUCGAGAGCGCAAAUUAAUAAUAUAAUUUUAUGAAGUCUCCGUAGAUUGAUCGUUUAUUUGCACAAUCAUCAAUGCACACGUGACACUACACGUGACCACGUGUGAGAUCAUCGCGAGAUCGUCUAAAGCGUCAAGUAAUAUAAAAUGAUACGAAGGAGUAUGUGUCAAGUAGCCAGCUCGAUUCAUUCGAGUCCUCGCGCAGAGGUGCACGACAUUCCGAUGGACGUAAUUAUCAGACCUUUCCCCGCCGUGGUGAACGAGGAAAAGGUCGAAAGUUUGAUGGGCGCGUUGAAAAACGUCGAGACUGAGCACACGGUACCGCCCAUCGACGUAUUGUGGAUUAAAGGGACCGAAGGUGGUGACUAUUAUUACUCUUUUGGUGGCUGUCAUCGUUAUACCGCCCAUCAACGAUUAGGUAAAAUGUCCAUAAAAGCCAAAAUAAUUCAGUCAACCUUGACGGAUUUACGAUGUUAUCUGGGAAAUUCUACUCCAGACUUGAAGUGAUUCUAAACACAUUAUUUAUGGAUGAACUGGCACGCAUGUGACUUAAAUUGCAUUGCUAUAUGAACAGCAUGCAAAAAUAUUUAAUAUAUAUAUAU